AUGGCUUUGGAAUUUGAAUGGAGCUACAUGGACAUUGGACAACGCACGUUUCUUCUUGUUCAAAUCUUGUGUUCUUUGCAUGUGACACUAACCCUAAUCUUCUUUUCCCUUCGAAAACACACUCGCCUACUGGAAGAGCUCCUAUUCCCUUCGUCCUUCGCCCUUCGCCUUCGUCACUGUUCGCCCUUCGCCCUUCGCCCUUCGCCUUCGUCACUGUUCGCCUUCUUCUUCAUCUUCUUAAUCUUCAUCUUCUUCUUCAUACUCUUCAUACUCUUCAUCUCUCUGUUCACCUUCAAGCUCUACCUAACAUGGGCGACGACAAGGUAUCCCCAAUGGUCUCUUCUCCUCCAAGCCCUCCGAUUCCAAAGUGGUACUCUAAAGCCAAUAGAUAUUGACACAUUAUGGGUUCAUGUCACUUGUGCUUGGUUUCGGCCUGAAGUGGCUUUUGCUAGUGAUGAGAAGAUGGAGCCUGCUUUGGGUAUUCUUAGUAUUCCGUCAAGUUCUUUUGUUAAGAUUCGUGUUAUUUGUAAGCAAAUUCAUGGUUCAUGCACACAAUGUUGCAAGUGUUCUACUUAUUUCCAUGCCAUGUGUGCAUCAAGGGCUGGCUACCGAAUGGAGUUGCACAUUUCGGAGAAAAAUGAUAAACAGACAACAAAAAUGGUUUUCUAUUGUGCUUAUCACAGGGCUCCCAAUCCAGACAAUGUUUUGAUUAUGCAAAUCCUCCUUGGGGUCAUUUCAACUAAAAGUCUUCUACAAACAAAGAAAAAAAGGGGUUCCAGGCUAAUUUCCUCUAGAAGAACAAAGAUUAUGAAGAGCUUGGGCACGAUGGUAACAGAACAGUUGCUAAUGGUGUUGACAAGGAAGGGCCAGUGCUUUCAAAGCUUGGUUCAAGUUCCACAGCUGAGCUUCACCCUAAAAAUGGAGCUCAAGGUGAGUCCAAACCAACCAACAUGCCACCUACUAGUGUUAUGACAAGACUCAUCUUGAUCAUGGUUUGGAGGAAGCUGAUUAGGAAUCCCAACACUUACUCUAGCCUAAUUGGCCUCACAUGGUCUUUGAUCUCAUUCAAGUAUGCAAUCUUUACUCAUUUUAAUUGUUGUUAUACUUAACUAAUGUUUUAAUCUUAGACUUAGGAAUUGUUAACUUUCUUAGGAAUUGUUUCUUAAUCCCAAUACUUACUCUAGCUGUUAUUUGCACAUUGCUCAUGCAUUUUGACCUGCUUUCUUCUCUUUAUUUGCACACCCUAUUUAUAUUGGUGUGUUAAAUAAAUAAAAAUAAAAACAUGGUGUUAAAUAAAUCCUAUGUGAACUAAGCUUUCUUACCAAACCUCAUUUAGCUGCUUCCUAGUUCUUUUUAAGUGGCCAGUGAUUCAAAUCCUACCUUUUGUAGUUUAUUGCUUUUUGUUUCAGGAGUCCUUCAAAGUUCAAAGACUUGUUCUUUGAUUGAUUUGAUUAGUCUCUGAAAAUGAAACUGCAGGGUCACACAUUGCUGCAAAGAGCAGCACUAACUACUUUUCCUUUCAAUUUCACCUCUAAUGGCACCACCAUAACCCUAACUCUCUUGAUCUUUUGAUGCCACCAAAGUCUUCCUCAUAAACACCUCAGAUUCAUUCCCACUUACACCAACACGGGACCCUCACCACGUGUUGAUAUCAAUAACAACCAGUUACAACAAGAAGAGCAAGAUGAUCUAGAGGUCCACGUUGAGAAGAUUAUAUAUUGAUGCCGCUUCUUGGCUACUUUUGGAGUCUUUGGUUAUUUAAUUGUGGAAAUUAAUCGUGAAUCGGGUGACGACAUUUUGUACUAUUUAAAGAAUUUUAUUUUUGUUGUUAGUUGGUAGAGGACAAGCAUAGAAUUUAUUAUAUAUAACGUGACUUGUAAUUUUGAACUCUUAAAUUCCUUCCGUUCUUUUAUCCAUAUAAAAAGAGUUCUCUAGUGUUUUCUUUCUCCGUGGGACAUAUAUAUGGAGAUGAUGCUUUGGCCAUUUGAUUAUUGCUAUUGUACUCUGGUUGAGAAAUAAGAAUUUUGAACUCGAGAUA